UCUACGUGCCCUGGCGUUAUCCAAGACCACGUAAAGUCAGGAUCCCUACAGCGAACAAUACUGUCGUGCUGCAUCGGCUGUCGAGUGGCAUUAUUAACCAGUUCACGUCACUUCCUGCCUAAACAAGGGUGGUUGCCACUAAACUCAAAACUUUGUGCAAUCAUGUCGAGUGACAAGGGGACCAAUGAAGCAACGUUCACGUACGCUACUACCGACAAUCAGACAAUCGAAGCUGCUCUCCAGCAACAUCCUGUCACAUAUAUUUGCAUUCCUUCAGGUACUGAAACGAUCGUUGCAGAAAACAAGUACUUGAUAUUGGAUGAUUCCGAAACUGCUACCAAUUCAAAUCUUAAAACAACUGGUGAGGACAAGGAAGAAAAGAGCCCAAAGCAAAACAGCAUUAUCACUGUGUUCACAAUUUGGAACACCAUGAUGGGGACCUCAGUUCUGGCAAUACCUUGGGCUCUUGCUCAGGCUGGGUUUGGUUUCGGUAUCUUCUUGAUACUUUUGGUUGCGGGAAUAGCGACCUAUACCGCUUAUCUGGCUGAGCGUAUCACGGGAGAUCUACGGACAAUCAGAAAUCUGCCGAAAGAAGUUUUCCUGGACUUUUCGGAUGCUGUUCACUACCAUUUUGGCAGACCCGGUCGGAUAAUCACCUCGGUAUUCUCGCAAGUUGUAAUCCUCGGAGCUUCAAUUGUCUACUAUGUAUUAUUGAGCAACUUCUUGUAUAACACGGGAAAAUAUAUUUAUCAAAGCGCAACAAACGAAUUCCCCAUACCGCCGACAAUUUCAUUCGGGGGAAGGAACUUCACAGAUAUACUUUGUGAUGUCGAAGGUAUCAAUGGCAGUUACAUCGAAACAAGCACGAAUGAACUCUUUGCCAAGCUUUGGCACGUGCAGAACACUGUACCUGUCUGGAUUUUGCUUAUUUUGUUCCCACUGGUAUCGAUCAAAUCGCCCACAUUUCUCGGGAAAUUCACUGCACUUGCAACCAUUUCUGUUAUCUAUCUAUUUAUCUUGACUGGAAUUAAGGGCUACAGCUGGAAGGUGAAUAUGGAUGCGGACAAAGUCACUGGGACGAUUGAAAACUAUAGAAAUUUAUUUGCCAGCCUUACAGGUGCUUGUUCAAUGGCGUUCUUUAUACACAAUGCGUUACACACGAUCCUCUGGGCUCAGCGCACACCGAAGCACAAUCCACAAGUUAUUCUGGCCGCUUUCGGGUUUACAACUCUAACCUACUCCCUCAUUGGUUGCAUUUUUUUCGCCGUCUUCCCCGUUUCCAAGCGGUGCAUAAAGGAUAACUUACUGGACAACUUGGUCACUGAUGUUCCGGUUUUUGUUGGACGUCUGGCUCUGUUGUUUCAGAUGUCGACGGUCUAUCCGAUGAUUGUCUACCUUCUGAGAGCACAGUUCAUGUACGCUGUUUUUGGGAACAUUUACCCGAGCUGGAAACAUGCGCUCAUUUUUCAUCUUGUUGUCGUGGGUCUCGGUGUCUUGUUUGCCGUCGUCUACCCGCAAAUUGGCACGAUUAUCCGAUUCCUUGGGGCAACAGGCGGCUUCAUCUUCAUAUUUACACUGCCCCCUUUGAUCACUUUGCUCAACAAACGGAUCCUAGGACGAGAGGCGGUUGUGCAUCCUAAAGUAAAAUGUGAUGCUAUCAGCGACUAUGCAAAAAAUGGCAAAGAUUCCCCUAAAAUCUCCGAUGAACUGACCGUUCUACGUGACUGGUGCGACAUGAAAACCUGUAUACUUUGGUGGAUACGUUGUUUUUUCUACAUACUGAUCAUGCUGUUUGGACUGUUGAAUUUCAUCGCUCAAUUUGUCCUAUUGGGAAUUCCGCAAAACAGCAGCGUUCCAGAAUGAAAAAUAAUUGUCCGCGUUUUCCGUCACGUGAACCAAACUCAGCCGCACAGCUGGACACAAAAAAUGAAGCCAAAACAUCGCUACCACCCUCAGGAGGGCCCAGUAACAUGUUCACCCAAUUCCGUUGGUUCAGUCAAGACAUUUCCUGAUCAACCUGUUCUAGUGCCUUUUUAUACUACUGGAACGUCGAAAAGCAGCAUUCAGUUUUUGUCCUUCCAAUUCCGUCCCUUUCCACCGGUUUUAUAUGAAAACAUAAGUAGUCAAAUACAUAAAGCAUUAAGUCAACGUUUGUCACUUUUGUUGGAGGAAAAUAAUCA